GAAUCAAGUUGGAGGGCGGGACCUGCGGAGCUAGGAGGAGCUGUUUCAGGGUGUUGUGAAGUCGUUUAGGCAAGAAAUCUUGAGUGGGAGUUGUCAGGAUCGAUUUGUUGUGCGUUUUGUCCGUCGAUUCGCACCGAGUACCACCGCGCCAGCCGUAGCCAUGCCCGGGAUAGAGAAGCUACCGAUAGAGGAGACGCUGGAGGACAGUCCGCAGACACGCUCCCUGCUGGGAGUGUUUGAGGAAGACACCGCAGCGAUGUCCAACUACUGUGCACAGCUCUAUCAGGCCAUGCAAAGGAUUUAUGAUGCACAGAACGAGCUCAGUGCUGCGACCCACCUGACCUCUAGACUGCUGAAAGAGUACGACAAACAGCGUUUUCCACUAGGGGGCGACGAUGAGGUGAUGAGCUCCACCCUGCAGCAGUUUGCAAAAGUUAUUGAUGAGUUGAGUUCCUGUCAUGCUGUCUUGUCCACCCAGCUUGCAGAUGCCAUGAUGUUUCCCAUCACUCAGUUUAAAGAGAGAGAUCUGAAGGAGAUCCUCACUCUCAAAGAAGUCUUCCAAAUAUCCAGUGAUGAUCACGACGUAGCCAUUAACAGAUACAGCCGCCUGUCCAAGAAGAGGGACAACGACAAGUUGCGUGCGGAGGCUGUGGAGGACGUCUACACCUCCCGCAAGAAACAGCACCAGACCAUGAUGCACUACUUCUGCUCGCUUAACACGCUACAGUACAAGAAGAAGACGGCUCUGCUGGAGCCGCUGCUGGGCUACAUGCAGGCCCAGAUCAGUUUCUUUAAGCUGGGUUCAGAAAACCUUACCCAGCAGUGGGAGGACUUCCUGGGAACCAUAGGAACCAGUGUCCAGAAUGUACGUCGGGAGAUGGAGGCAGAGGUCGGGCAGAUGCAGGAGACCAUCCAGGAGAUGGAGAGAUCAUGUGACGGGCUGUACACACCAUGUGACUCUGAUCCCGCCCACUCACCUGUCUGUCGCAACCUGACCAGGAAACAGGGCUACCUGCACAUCCGCAAUAAGACGGGACUGGUGUCGUCGUCCUGGGAGCGCCAGUACUUCUUCACGCAGGGCGGUAAUCUGAUGCAGCAGGGCCGGGGCGAGGUGGCGGGCGGCCUGGUCACGGACCUCGACAACUGCUCCGUCAUGGCGGUCGACUGUGACGACCGUCGCUUCUGCUUCCAGGUCACUUCCUUCGAUGGCAAGAAAGUGGUGACGCUGCAGUCGGAGAGCAGGAAGGACUGCGAGGAGUGGAUCUCCACCAUCAACAACAUCUCCAAAAGGAUCUACCUGAGUGAGAACGCAGAGGAGCUUGCAGCCAGAGUGAACCAAUCGGCUCUUGAAGCCGUGACGCCGUCUCCGUCCUUCCAGCAGAGACACGAGAGCAUGAGACCCAGCAGUAAAGGGCGUGUGGGCCGAGCGAGUAGCAUCAGCUCUGUGGGCUCUGAGCCGUCCCCUGCCCUGUCUGUGCUCUCAUUGGAUGCCCUGGUUGCCCCGGAAACACCCAUCCAGUUUGACAUCAUUUCCCCGGUCAGCGAGGAGAACUCGGGACAGAGCAAGACAGCAUCACAGACCGGCAGAAGGAGUAAUCCAUUUGGAGAGUCAGGAGACAGCACUUCAGAAGACAGUGAAGGUACGGCUUGUCUGUCAGGACAUUCCUGUUCUCUCGUCCCAGUGACGUGCCUGUUAGACCCGACUGAUCACUUGGCCUCAGGUUUCAGGCUUAUUGAUCCUCAGACACAAGUCACUCGACUCAGGUUCCCUCUCUCCAGUGUGGUCCAUUGUUCGUCCCAUCAGGACAACAAGAGGCUGUUUGGUUUCGUGCUGCAGGCGGUGGCGGCGGGCGGCCGGGGCGACAGCCGAGCCGCCUGCUACAUCUUCGAGUCGAACAACGAUGGAGAGAAGAUCUGCGACAGCGUCGGCCUGGCCAAGCAGAUAGCCUUCCACUCUGAGAUGGACCGUAAGGCCGUGGAGAAGAGGAAGGAGCACGACAAGGCCAAAGAGAAACAGCAGGAAGAACUCAGUAAACAGAGACAGAUAGAGAAGGAUCUGGAGGAGCAGAGCCGUUUGAUCGCCGCCUCGAGUCGCUCCGCUAACCCGCCUGCUUCUGACGGACAAUUCCUAGUGCUUAGCAACAGCCAAUCGGAGGACAGCGAUGCCGGGGACGAGGGGAAGAAGCAGGGCGAGUCUGAGGCCUAACGAAGCCAACGGAGGAUGCAUGUUUUACCACCCAGGCGAGUCCCGGCUGGUACUGUCAAAGCAACAGCUCAGGAAUCAGAAGAGGGGAACACCACCCGCCCACCCAGGCUGCCUAGGACUAAAAAACAUGCGCUCCCCUCCUUUGCUGGACUCUGUUUGAAGUUGGUGGUGGAGCCCGCCACUCUAUGAAGGGAGGGUAAACUAAACGCACCCUUACUGUAAGAAGACGAGGGAAAUGUCUCCUCAUGGACUUGUGUUUCAUUCUGUGUGUUAAAAAAAAACAAAAAACACAAAAACCACAGAUUUUAUACCGGCUCCACUCUCCAGAAAAUAUAGAUUUAAACCGUAGGUUUCUGUUUUUUUAUAUGUGUAUUUUAUAGAAAGAUCUAACAGCAAUGACAAAGGAUUACAAGCAAAACAAGUCAUGCAAAAUAAGGAACCAGGAUCUGAAGGAGACAGAUUUGGCCGGGGUCCUUGUCAACUCUUGCUCAAGGGCUCUAUGGCAGGGGGCGAAGGUUUCCCCGAGGUUCCAGCGGGCAGCAAGACGCGUCCGUGUCGUUGG